AAGUGUCAGGAUUUCCAGCUUAAUCUAGACUGCCUGAUUCUGCCAUGUGCUUGUCACUAAGUCACAGACUAGUCAGUCUAUGAAGUCAGCCUCUAGCUCUGGCUUGCACACACAGGCACACACCCCUCCCUCCGCUGUCUGAGGAGAACAGACUUCCGCGAGACAGUUUCACACAGAGACACCCUGAGUGCCCAAAGGAGCUGGGAGCGCUUGCUCAUGGCUGACAGCUACAUUGAAGAAUCAGAGCCCUUCCCUGAAAAGGGGGAGACUGUGGAAUGGGGCUAUGAAGAAGGAGUAGAGUGGGGAUUAAUUUUUCCAGAUGCUAAUGGAGAAUAUCAAUCUCCCAUUAAUUUGAAUUCAAGAGAAGCCAAAUACGAUCCUUUGCUCCUGGAAGUAAGUUUAUCACCAAACUACGUUGUAUGCCGUGAUUGUGAGGUCAUCAAUGAUGGGCAUUCGGUUCAGAUCCUCUUAAAGUCUAAAUCAGUGUUGGUUGGAGGGCCGUUGCCUCGGGGGCAUGAAUUUGAACUGCACGAUGUUCGAUUUCACUGGGGCAGAGAAAAUCAGCGCGGCUCAGAACAUACUGUUAAUUUCAAAGCUUUUCCCAUGGAGCUUCAUCUAGUCCACUGGAACUCCACAAUGUACCACAAUAUUGAUGAAGCAAUUGGGAAGAAGAAUGGCAUAGCCAUUAUUGCUUUAUUUGUACAGAUAGGAAAGGAACAUUCGGGCUUAAAGACUGUGACUGAAAUUUUGCAAGAUAUCCAGUACAAGGGGAAGUCAAAGACAAUACCAUGUUUUAAUCCCAACUCACUAUUACCAGAUCCACUACUACGAGAUUAUUGGGUGUAUGAAGGCUCCCUCACUGUUCCACCGUGCAGUGAAGGUGUGACGUGGAUCUUAUUUAGAUACCCUUUAACUGUAUCCCAACUCCAGAUAGAAGAGUUUCGAAGACUGAGGACGCAUGUUAAAGGGACAGAACUCCUAGACAGCUGUGAUGGAAUAUUAGGAGAUAACUUUAGACCAACACAACCACUUAGUGACAGAAUCAUAAGGGCUGCCUUCCAGUAGCAGAGAAAGAUAAUGGAAGUAAUCAUAACCUAGAAAGCAGAAGACAAUGCGCCCACAGUGCCCUUGGAUGAGAAAUGGAAAUGUUUGAGGCUGCUGCUUCAGUUUCCCCACAAAGCCUGCUUUGUCUGCUUCCAUCUAAUUCAAACUUGAUAGACAGCUGUGACAGUUGGUCUGUCCACAUGGUCCAGUGAAAUUCUGGGAAUGAACUUUAUAUUACAAGAAGAAAACACAUUAAAACUUUCAACUUGCUACUCCUAACUUUUUAUUGCUUAUGACAUUCAGGUUUUGCACAGCACUGCUCUGUAGCUGUAGUCAGCUCAUAGUAUGUUUGGUGAGAUGAUGAUUACUAUGAACACACUACACAUUAGGUUUACCCAGUUUUUUCCAUGGCAACGUUUGAAUGCUCUUGUCUUCUUUUUGUCCCUGAAAUAUUGUAAGUAAAAAUGUAUAAAUUAAUGGUGUGUUGUACAAUAUUAAUCAUUUACUCACAAAUGAUAAUAUAUUAUUAGAGAAAUAAUUCUAUUCUUUCUCAAUAAAUUAAAAAGUACUAUCUUUGCUGAUCUUAAAAUAAUAAUAUCUUGAAAUAUUUUUCUUCACAAUAAUGAAAAAGGUAUUUGGCCAAAUUCAACUGAUUUCUGUACACUUCUGGUUAAAUUUCUGAUUUCUGGUUAAAUAUACUAACUAUGAAUGGAAGAAAAGUUGUGAGAGUAGCUUAUUUUUCUAAGAAUAAAGCUUGUUCCAGCAGUGGAGCAACAAGAUACAAAUUCUAAUUUUUUAAAUAGCCAUUGUAAAGAGGUGUUUCAAAAGUUAAGUCCCAUGACUAUUACCCAUAUUUACUUGAGUCUAAUGCACCAUUGAAUCUAAUGCACACCUCAAUUUUCAAAACCCUAAAACCCAAAAUGUAUUUACCAUAUUAUGUGCAUCUAAUGUGCCCCCUAAUUUUGGGAAGAUAAUUUAGUUUAAAAGGGUGAGCAUUAGAUUCGAGUAAAUACCAUAUAUUACAUUCAAUGGCAUAAUGGAAUGUAUGUGUUGACUUAUUAUUCAGUUACUGUAACUGUGCUCUAGUUGAGACUUGCAACUAGAUUUAGGCUAAGACAUUAAACAUAUGUAAUAUUUAGAACAUUAAAACCCUAGAGCAAAACAAUAUAUUUUGUUGAGGCUAUGACUGAUUAAGAAUUUUGGGGGUUUUUUGUGUGAAGAAUUUAACAAAAGUUUAGAAUGUCUUCAUUUAUAGAAUAGAAAAAAGUGAAUUUUAGAAAAUUGAGAUGUGGAAGUCAAAAAACUGACAUACUUCUUUGUUCCUAUAAAAUACCUGAUAGUAUUUAUAUUACAUCUGAAAGUGGCCUCCUUUGGCUGGAACCCCUUCAAAGCCAAUCCAUUUUGACUUGAGUCCUAAUCCUGAAUAGUCCUGGUUGCAUAUUCCUAAGGUUCAUACUAUCAUUGGAAAUCUUAAAAUAUAGCUGUAAUUUUGUUUUCAUUUUGGCCCUGUCAAAUGAAAAUGAUAGAAUCAUAGAACUGGAAGAGAUUACAAGGGCCAUCCAGUCUAACCCCUGCAAUAUGUCAAUCAAAGUACUUUGGACAAAUGGCCAUCGAGCUUUUGCUUGAAAAUGUCCGUAGAAAGAAACUUCUCCACACUCCAUGGCAACAUAUUCCACUAGAGAAGCUCUUCCAUUUGGAGGGUAUCCAAAUAAAGGCAUGUUUAUUGUCUUAGAUAAGUCGGUGUUAUUAUAAUAUUUAUUUUUGCCCCACUUUUUUCUCAGAAUUCAGACAUAAAGAAACUCACCUUUAAAAAGCAAUAGAAGUAAAAUGCAUAAAAGAAAAAUAUUACAAUGAAAUUGAAUUUAUACAGUAUUAAAACAAAAAGUAAAAUGCUAUAUAAAUAAAUAAGUAGCUAUUAAAAACAACUUUACUAGAUCAAGGCAAGACACCAUAGCAUGUCCUUCAAAAAAUUCUGUUUUAAAAGUUUGAAUAACAAGUUUUUAGCCUGCCACUGGAAGGACAACAGAGCAGGGGCACUUCUGGCCUCCUUGGGCCAGACCGUGCUUGUAAUCAUGUUGGGACUAAGAGAAGUACCAUGAUUCUGAAAAUUAUGACAGACAGCCUUAAAUGAUAAACCUGAAAAAAUUUGGACGCUUCCAGACAGCACCAAAAUCCAUGAAAAGCAGGUUAAAACCCCCCGCUUUAGCAUGGAUUCCCUUCCCUACUCCCCCCCCCCCAAAUCCUGAGUUUUCCUGUGUGUGUGGCUUCAUGCCAUCCUGAUGGCAUACAGCCACUCAAAGCCCCCCAAUUUUUCAAUAACAAUUAAAUAAAACAUACCUGGUGGCCAUAAGUUUGCUCCUCAUGCCCUCCUGGUGCAAGGAAAUGACGCACCAGGAGAUGUGGAAGGGGGCAAGGAGGGAUUUUUCUACUUGUCCUCCCUCUCCUAGUGCAUCAUUUCCUUGUGCCAGAAGGGAACAAGUAGCAAAGUUAUGGUAGCCAUGUACAUUUUAUUUAAUUUUGGGGGGAAAUUUGGGGGUUUGGGGGAGGGGUGUGUGUCUUCUCAUUAUUUCAGGUUCCAGGAGCCCAAAGAAUUGAGAUGGCUGUGUGGAUUGGGUUCGGGAAUCGCGUAAUGCAGUCCCUGGGUCCAAGCCACACAGGGUUCAGACCUGGUAAGUCCUGGAUCUUACCUCAAGAUCUGGAUCUUACCAGGUAUUUAAUUAAUUUGGAACAAACCAUGAAAACCCUGGUUUGUUCCGAAUUACUUCGUUUUUAUGCGAGGCAUCGUUUGGAUGCUUCCAGAAAAACCCAGACAGGUCCCGGGAUAUAGGCCUGUCUGGAUGGGCCCCCUGAAAGAGGAAUUUCUAGAUAUGAUAAGAAAAGAAUCUCUUCCCUUCUCUUUCCAAUUAUUUGGGAGUGGGUGGGGGUUGAUAGGGAAAAGACACACAUACAAUUGCUCAUAAGUAUGGGGUAGGUCAAGGCUUCUUAAAUACUGAAUUUGGGAGGUAUUGAAAAUACAAUCAUCUCAUAGUCCUGUUCUUGAUUGAUUUCACACUUCAACACAUGUGUACUUCUCAUGUUGCUUUAUACAUCCUAUACCAGUCCACACUGUGCCAGUCUAUGAAGGGAGAAUAAAUUACAAGUUAUUAUGUAGCUGUUUUUUAAAAAAGGUUUUAUUUAAAUUAGAAUUCACAAAGGAUUUUUCUUCACAUCCUGCUUCCUGGAUGCUAACUGCUAAUGGGCCAUUUUGAAGUCCUUGCUAUCUCUUAUUUAAGCUGGACACAAAGGAAGGAGUCAGCUUUCGGACAAAAAACUGUAACCUGCAAAAUAGGCCACUUGGCCAUCCUAACUUGGAUAUAUAUUUGUUAACAUAAUUAGAUUUUGAUAAAUGUAUAUUUAUCUAAAUGUGAAUUUAUCACAAAUCUAGAGGAACAUUUGAUUUCCCUUUGUCAUUGUAUGUGGAGGAAAACUGGAGGAUUGUUUUAUAAUAGAAUUUUAAAUAUGCCAUUGUAAUUGAAUCUUGAAUGUUACUCAAAUAUUUUCAUUUGCAAGAUGUAAUAUAAAAAAUGACUAUCAAUAUGCCAGUAAGUUAGUUUGGUGAAUCCUUUCAUCUAAAUGUGGGUAGAGCGCCUUGUUCAGAAGCUGGGGGACAUUGUUCCACAUGGCUGAAGCUGGAGCCAAUGCGUUCAACACUAAUGUUUGAGUAAUGAUGAUCAGUGGUGAAAGGGAAGAGUAUAUUCGAGUCCUUUCUCUCUCGCAGAUGCUCAAAUAUUGAUGCUAAAGAAGUUGAAUCAGGGGCCUUUUCUUCACUGCCCAACUUUGAACAUUGGAGAUUACAAUGUUAAGGCAGUACCAGAAACUGUAAUAAACACAGGAAAGGAGCACAGGAAAGGGAAAUGAUAGUUUCUUUAAAAGAGAGACACUACGUCAUUUGCUCUGCAAUCCAUUCUCCAUUUCAUAGCUAAGAUAGUAUAGAACAGAACUAGAUAAGAAACUUGUUUUAUUUGGAGAUUAAAUAUAACUCAGGAUCUAGUAGAAUCUAUAAUAUUUUUCUGUUUGUGUCCAGUUUCUUGGCCUAAGGGGACAAUUUUCAGUUUGGAUGUGGGAUGGUUAUUUUAUUGAAAUUUAAGAUUUCAUUCCUAGACAGAGCAUGUAUGAAGGAGAAGGGUCCAUAUCUUGAGUAAUUUAGAGUAAAGGUCCAGAGUUCUGUGGUAGAUUACUUGCUUUGCUUGCAAAAGACUUGACGUUCAAUCCUGGGCAUCUUUAGGCAGGGAUAUGGAAAAUGUCUGGCUGAAAAUACCAAAAAUUCCUAUGCAGAAUAUGUACCCACUUCAAAGCUUGGUGUCGCUUGGUAAAGGCAGUUUCCCAUGUUAGCUGUAUUACAACUUUCUCCAUUAAUGGUUAGGUGUUAAUAUGUUAGAUGUAAUUGAAAAACUCUUGACCACUUCAAAGCCAGCCUUCAGUGGGUUCAAAAGUCCUUCAACACACAUGUAGGCAACUCAUGGGCUUCCAGGUGUUGGCUUGCAAUGCCCAUCAGCCCUACCUAGUACAGACAAUGGCAAGAGAUCAUGGGAAUUGCAGUCCAUCAACAUCUAGAGGGCCACUCACUGCUUCUGGGAAGAUGAAUUUCCAGUUGGAAUAGUUAUUAAGGCUUCACAUAAACAGUCUAAAUUUUUAUAACUGUUGAAGAAUUGGGUUUUGGAGUAGAGAACAGUGCAACUGCCACAAGACAGACACAUACAAUAUAAUGUAGAUAUGCAUAUCAAGAUAGAUAAAGAUAUUCAGCACACAAAAACAAUUCAAGUGCAUUUUAUCAUGCUAUGCUGCCAUUUUUUAAGCUUGGGGAUGGUAAGGUAGGUGUUGUCUCCUUGGCAAUGGAGACUGCCAUUUGAAGAGGAAGACAUACAUGUGUGCAUUGUGGGCAUUUAUACCGCCCUAGAUUCUGUUUUUAAUAAUCAGCUGAUUUUCCCCAGUUCCUGUAUUAAUACUAAUCGUUUGAAGUUUUUUAUUUUCUUUGGAACAGCCUAAAGCAAAAACAAGACCUGGAAACUGAGGAAUAUAUUACAUGAGAAUAGAAAAUGUAUCCUGGAAUAUGUUUUUGUUUUGUUUUAAGACAGCAAAAUAAUUAAAAAAAACCAGCAGAUAAAACCAGUAAUGAAAUGUAGUAUGCCAGUUUUUUUACAUAAUGCUUAAUAAUAGCCAAGAUGUUUCCAAUAUUCCUGAAGUUAGAUUUUUUAUUGAAAAAUACAAUAUUUCAUUUUUACUCUUUGUCUAAUUCUACAUGCCAAACUUAAGAGGAGCACACUAAUCCAUAGAAUUCUUAUCAACUUCAAGCUUAUUUCAAUUCUUACUCCACUCUGAUUGUAAAGGAGAUGAAUGACCUGUCUUGUGAUCGUUUUAGUUUAUACUAUUGUUUAUACCUCUCCCCCAAUAAUACAGAAUAAUAAAUAUUAAACUAUAGAAAUAUAUUUAAUUAGAUUGGUAACUUUUUUUCACAAAUCCUCAACCAGCUACAUCAAAAUUUGUUGUAAUGUAACUGAAGAUGAUUAUAUCAUAGCAUUCAUAAGUCAGUUAUUUUUCUUUAUUGGGUCUUCUGUAUCUAUCUGAGCAUAUGUAAUAGUUAGCAUGAUUUUCUUUCAUGAUUGUCAAAAUAUAUGUGUCAGUGCAAGUGUAUUGUUGAAGGAGAGAUCUAACAGAGCUAAAAGGACUGAUACAUUUUCCUUAAUAGUUGAUAUCCAAUUUAUUAGGUACACGUUUCCUUAAAAUGAUUGCUGGCUAUAUCACCAGUGAAUGUCUUGAAAAUGCAAAUAGCUUGGAAUAUCAUGAAAGCUCUCCAUAACUGGAGUUGCAAAAAGGAAGCAACAGAAAGUAAAAAACUGGUGAAUAGGAAUGAUGAAAAGAGACUAUAUUUCAAAGAAGGAACAGUCAAAACUGAAUCUUAGAUAAGAAUACAGAAUAAUGAAUUCUGGUGUAAUGUUUAAGCAGUUUGAAAUGUUUGAGCUUCGAUCCAUGUUCAAUGUGUAUAUUUGUAAAUAAACUUAAAUGCCAUAAGGUU